AUGGAAACUGAUCCUGGAGCACACAAAUCAACAUUAGUUCGUACAAUUCAUGAAACGGAUAUAAUCGAUAGUUCCGAAACCACUAGUUCAAAAGAUAUUGAUGUAGAGACAGACAAUUCAAAUGUGAAGAAGCGUAAAUUAAGUGAUCAAAGUGAUAAAGAAGAAUUUAACAGACAAAUUAGUAAACAGAUCGUUAAGAAAAAUAAUUCAGAUGAUGUUGUUUGUUAUUAUGAAAAUGGUUUACGUAAAGUAAUGCCAUAUUAUUACGAACAUAGAACGUUUGCGAAAGGACGUUGGUUAGGUCGCAAAAUUUUGGAUAUUUUUAGUACCGAAUUCCGGGAUCGAUCCAGAGAAUAUUAUACAUAUGCUAUAGAAGAAGGCUUAAUAACUAUUAACACCAAAAAAGUUACACCUGAAACAAUUGUUAAAAAUCAAGAUUUAAUUGGGCAUCGACUCCAUCGCCAUGAACCUCCUGUUACUGCUGAUCCAAUUAAAAUUUUAUGUGUCGAAGAUGAUUAUAUUGUUAUUAAUAAACCUAGUAGUAUUCCGGUUCAUCCAUCAGGAAGGUUAGAUCGUUUGACAUCAGGAAUAAUGAUUUUAUCAUCAAAAAAAGAAAAAGCCCAAGAAUUUGAACAGCAAAUGAAAAAUCGUAAAAUCCAAAAAGAAUAUAUUGGUCGAGUGUUGGGUGAAUUUCCAGAGGAAAAAGUAACGUGUGAUAAACCUAUUAAGAUAGUAUCUCAUAAACUUGGCUUAAACGUGGUUCAUGAGUACGGGAAACCGUGUACAACAAUUUUUGAGCGAGUUAGUUAUAAUGGUCGGACUAGUAUUGUAAAAUGCAAGCCAAUUACAGGUCGCACACACCAGAUUCGAGUUCAUCUUCAAUACUUGGGUCAUCCAAUUGCCAAUGAUCCUUUAUAUGCAAAUGCAAAAGCUUGGGGAUCUAAACUUGGGAAAGGUGGUAUUGAUGCGGAACAAACAGAUAUAAUAAUCGAUAAACUUAUUAAAGAAGGUUUUUGCGAUGAUGGUGAUAUGAGUGUUGAUUCUCAAAAGAAAACUGAUGAUUCUCAAACUGAUGCUGAAGAUGAUUUAAAAAAUGAGAUCGCAAAGUUACAAAAUGAGAAUAAUCAUGCUAAAGAAUCAAUUGUUACUGUUAAACCUAAUAUAGAGAUUUGUGUAGAAUGCACCGCUCCAAAAUUUUCUGAUCCUUUUUUACACCAACUAUUGAUUUGGUUGCAUGCUUUAAAAUAUGAAGGUGAUGGGUGGAAAUUUGAGAGUGAGUUACCUUUUUGGGCUAAAGACGAUUUUGUUGGAGAUAUGGAAUAUGCCUAA